UAUUUUCUGUCCCCUAGUCUCCGCGCAUGUAAUUGCCAAUUGAAUCGUGAUUGGUCAGCACGCAGGUCACGUGGCUUGAGCCUCAUUCAUUCCAAAUCACAUGUGUGUUCGACCUCUGUACAAAACAAACCCUUUAAACGCCUAUAAAGCAAGCUUGGAAACAAUAAGCUGACGACGGGCAAAUCAGUUGAAAAUAAGAUUGGGGAAAUAGGAAGCAGCAACAUAAACAUUACACAAAAACCAGAGGAAACCACGGAAAAGAAUGAAAGUUUUUCGCUGGGCUGUGCGAGCUGGUCCUUGGCAGCCUACAGAGGCGGAAUGGACGAAGGCUGCGUCAUUGAUACAACCUGAAGAAAAGGAGAGAAUAGGAAAAUUCGUUUUCAAAAAGGAUGCGAAGUCUUCCAUGCUAGGCCGACUCUUGAUUAGGAAAUUCCUCGUCCAAGAAACUGGCUGUCUAAAUUCAGACCUCUUGGUUGAUAGGGACAAGCAUGGGAAACCUGUGUACCCUGCAGACUUGUCUGUUAUGUUCAACGUCUCUCAUCAAGGUGACUUUGCUGUGUUGGCUGGAGCCUCAGGUUGUUUGCCUGGACACCAGCUUGGAGUCGACGUUAUGAAACUUGAGUACACUGGAGGAAGAGAUCUCAACGAGUUCUUUAGAAUAAUGACCAGGAAUUUUUCUCCUAAGGAAUGGACAUUAAUUAAGAGAUUCCCAAACGAGAACAAGCAACUGAAGGAAUUCUGUCGGCACUGGAGCUUGAAAGAGAGUUACGUAAAAGCAACUGGCACAGGCAUCACCGUCAACUUGCAAAACCUCAGCUUCCACACGAUUUCUACGCUAGACCCAGACUUAAUAGUGACUGACACAGUGCUUUCCAGCAGUGGUGAAAAAUUGACUGAGUGGUAUUUUGAAGAGUCGUUGCUUGAUGCAGAACAUUGCGUCUCUUUGUGUAGAAAUUUCAAUGUUGCAUCUGUGGAAAAAUUCGAGCAUCUUUCCAUUAGUGAUCUGUUUCUUGGGCUGGACCCAAUGAACUCUGAGGAUACCGAUUACACUUUAGAAUUUUUAUCUAAAGAUGAGCGACCAUAGGUCUGUCUGAUGAUAUUAAUGUAUGCUGAUAAUGCUUUAUUAUUUGGUUUUUAAUGUUCUUAAACUGUUCUCUUUCAAAUCGAUUUCAAUGAUGAUGCCUUUGAAACCGUUUGAAAAAUAAAAUAAUUUUUAAUGAG